CUCUGUGGUCCGCUCCUUCAAGCUGCCAUGAAAGGUGACUGGCUAGUUGCUAAGGCUUUUCUUGAUCAACACCCCGACCAAGACUGCGUUCGACUUCCCAUAACGAAACAGCAAGCGACAGCACUUCAUAGUGCAGCAGCUGCAAAACACACCUAUUUUGUGGAAGAAGUGUUGAAAUUGAUGACUCCCGAGGACUUGGAAUUGACAACAGUAGAUGGACUUACGGCUCUUCACGUUGCUGCUAAAACUGGAGUCGUGAGAAUCGCAGAGGAGAUGGUUAAGAAGAACAGCAAAUUGCCAUUGAUCCAUGAUGGCAAUGAAAGGACACCACUUGAUCUCAUUGUAGGUGAUGAUGGCGAUGAAAGGACCCCACUUCACGUUGCAGCUCACGGCCGUGAAAGGACACCACUUCACGUUGCAGCUUAUGAAAGAGAUAGAAACAUGGUCGAUUAUCUAUUGUCUGUGACUCGUUUUUCACUGUUGACUACUCGUCAACGCAUUCAUCUCCUUCUUGAUAUUGUUUCCGCUGGUUUUUACGAUAUAGCAUUGAAAAUUCUGGAUUUGGAUCCGAAGUUAGCAACUGUCAUCGACACUACUACCAACACUGCUUGUGGGUGGAAAGUUUUAGAAGAGUUGGCAAGAGAACCUUUUGCUAUUAGCAGCAAAAGUCAGCUAUCAUCAUGGAAAAUUGGCUUAAAUUCCUGUAGCAAAUGGAUCUAUAAGAAUACUUUGAUGCGGGCACAUUUAGGUCACAAAUGGAUCAUCUAUAACCAUGCUUUGAUGCAGACAUGUGCCCAUAAGUUAGUUGAAAGGCUCUGGAAAAUGGUUUAUACAGUACCACUGCAGAAACCUUUUUCAUCAGAAUUGGUUCGUGAUCAUAUGACUUUACUUGUUGAAGCUGCAAAAGUAAGAAAUGUUGAAUUUCUAAUUCUACUUAUACGCGCCUAUCCCGAUCUCUUAUGGCAAUUGGUAGAUGAAGAGUACUACGGGAGUUUAUUUCACAUUGCUAUUUUAUAUCGGCAAGAGAGCGUAUUAAAUCUAAUACAUGAGAUAGGUGUCAUGAAGGAAAAUAUUACAACCUAUAUUGCCAAAGGUGAUAACAACAUGCUACGCAUUUCCAAAGGUGAUAACAUGCUGCACAUGGCUGGAAGAUUGGCUCAAAUAGAUCGAUUAAUUACUAUAUCAAUAGCAGCCCUUCAAAUGCAAAAGGAAUUGUUAUGGUUUCAGAACGUAGAAAAGAUUGUGCCGCCUUCAUAUUUGAACAUGAAGAAUUCAAAGGAUGAAACACCUAAGGAUAUAUUUAAAAAGGAACAUAAAGAAUUACAAGAAAAAGGUGAAAAGUGGAUGAAGGAAACAGCAACCAAUUGCAUGCUUGUGGCAACAGUAAUUGCUACUGUGGUUUUCGCUGCAACCUUCACUGUACCAGGUGGAAACUAUCAAGAAGCAGGAAAACUUGACAUGGGAAAACCUCUUCUUUUGAACAGUAAUUGGUUUACUGUAUUCUUUAUAUCAGAUACGAUAGCAUUGCUUUUCUCUUCAACUUUGAUAUUAAUUUUUUUGUCAAUUCUCACGUCGCGUUAUAGAGAAGAUGAUUUUCUCAAGUCAAUACCUCUAAGUUUGCUGUCUGGACUUGCUGCACUCUUCAUCUCGAUAGCAGGGAUGGUAUCAGCCUUCAGUGCAACCUGCUUUUUGCCGCUGCUUGCUGGGCUUGCUUGGGACAACAUACUGCACUUAGCUGGAAAUUUGGCUCCUCUUGAUCGAGUCAAUAUUGUAUUAGGAGGCUUUAGAAUGCAACGAGAAUUGUUGGGGUUUAAGGAAAUAGAAACGAUUGUCCCGCUGUCAUACAUGAACAUGAAGAAUAAAGAUGGCUUAACACCUAAGGAGUUAUUUAAAAAGAAACAUAAAGAUUUGCAAAUAGAAGCUAAAAUGUGGAUGAAGAGCACAUCAAACAAUUGCAUGGUUGUGGCAACAUUAAUUGCCGCUGCCUUUUUGCUGCAGUCUUCUCUGUGCCAGGCGGCAACAAUCAAGAACACAAUCAAGAGCAAGGCACUCCUAUUCUUUUGA